CCCAGCCAAGCACAACGGUGGGUGCGGGAUCGCGGUGGUGUCCACUUCCCCAGGUUUAACCGACCUGGCGCCCAGCUUUCUCCACACGACUCCUCGAUGCCAGCAAUGUUGCGCCAUUACCUCCUCUCUUUCAUCCGAAUGCCAACAGACUGCAGUAUCAGAUAAUGUGUUCCACCCAGAGCGAGCACCCAUGAACGCAGCUUUCUCCAUCGUGGAGGCCCUCGGGUGCCGCUUCCGCCCCCAUCAAGCACCCCGAGGGACACCGUCGCGAAUAAUAAAGCUGCGUCUUGCCAAUUCUCUUCGCCGGGCCGGACGAUGCCUGAGUAUAGACUCGGCGUUGCAGCCAGCUCGAGUUCCUGGGUCCAGUUCACCGUUUCCAAGCUUCGCGGCACCGACUGGCACCAUCCGCGCCCAGGAUACGCCCAGUCCGACAAAGGACCCAGAGGUUGGCGACGCUGAGCUGGGCCUCCUUCGGGAAAUCCUUGCACUCAAUCAUCCCUCGAGAGCUGGCAUAAAGGGAGAACCUCGUUUCGGCCUGAACCAGUCGGCCCUGUCUACCACCCAUACAGCCGACCAACCGAUUGCGGCCACCACUUUCCCGUCAUCGCCGUCUUCGGACCUGCUGCGUGCAUUCAGAAACACCCGCAAGACCUUCGAGUACCUUAAGGCGGCCACGGCUACCUCACCUGCUCCUGCCCAGGAAGUCACAUUUAAACUCCAAGGUGCAAUCGCGGAUCUGCCCCCAAGUACUUUCUCCGAGCUGCUGCGUUCUCUCGACCCAGUGGCCUAUGUCAGCAAGGAGAUGGAUCCGGCUGAGGGUGUUCACGUCGGCCCGGGAAUGGCCCAGUAUACCGAUCUGGGGCGGGUCAUUGACGAGUUCGGCGUCCGGCGCAUCUACUUUUGGCUGCUCCGGAGACUAGUCGCCGUCGCCCAGGUCCGGAUCGAAGCCGGGCACGGCCUGCUUCAAUCAGACUACAAGAUCCUUCUCCGCUGUGCCGGAGCGGCAUCCGAUCUGCACAUGGCGAAGAAGAUCUGGCACCUGAUGGAGACUAGGGGCCAGAUCUCGCUCCGAGAUGGCGAUGCCUACACCGAGUUCAUCAAGGCACGCUUCUUGACCGAGGCGCUCUACACGCAAUUCGACAUGGCCCGAUUUCGAGUCUCGCCAGGAAACAUGCACAAACAGAAGAUAUGGCUCGCUCCGCGCCAACUAAGCAGGAUCAGGAAGCUUCGAUAUAACAUCGUCACCAAGCAAGCGCACCGCUUCGGGCAGAACCGGUACACGCCAGAAAAGGCGGAAGGGCUGGUGAGAAUCUUGCGGAAAACCAAGCCGAUCCGGAAAGUCUUCCUCAAAGUCGUCAAGGACGGCGUUGCGGUGGACGAGAAGCUGCUCUGCUCAGCCAUGGUGGCCUUUGCGCGGAACGGUGCCCUGCAGUUCAUCAAGGUGAUGAUAUUGUCGAGAUACUGGAAGAUAAAGGUCAAUACUGUGAAGGCGACCCGCGAGGUCACAGUCAGCGGGGGCACAACCGUCUACAGGCCUGACUCGCCAAUGCACCCGACCGCGCGAUUGUUGGACGCCGUGGUCGAGAGCUUUUGCUGCAACGCAGAAAUCGCCACCGCAUUCAAGCUACUCGACUUCAUCUCGAACCGGUACGGCAUUCCCAUUCCCGACAAAACCUGGUUCAAGCUGCUGGAAUGGGCCUAUGUUCAGUCCUCGAGGCCGGCCUCGCUGGAGUGGAAGCUUGCCGGUUGGCCAGAGAAAACCGUGCGACAGGAUACAGUACAGCUGAUCUGGGAUACCAUGGUUUCGGAGCCGUACAAUGUGCGGCCAGGCUUCAACGAGCACAUCAUCCUGAUCAAGUCCUUGCUCAGCCGGGGUCGGCUAAAGGACGCCAUGCAACGGAUGCUCGAGCUCCAGCCAGCGUACGCCAAGACUCUGGUAGACCUCGAGGAUGCCUUCUAUGAGCACGUGCACACCUCCCGCCUCGGCAUUGAUCCUGCACAGUCGUUGCAGCGCUGGCUUGGAGCCCGCACUCAAAAGCAGAUGAUGUGGUACGCCAUCCAAACCUGCUGCUGGAAGCUGUUCAAGAAAGUCCGCAGCAACAGAAUCGACGACAUCAUGACGGUCCGUCUGAUCCCGCAGCUCAUUGACGCCUUCCGACCCUUCUUCGCCCGCUCCCUUCGCUACCGCACCGCAACCGGGGUCGUGGAAAUCCGCAAUCCGAAUCCUGUGGCCUUGUUCGAAUCCGGCGCCCGAAACGUGAGGCUGCCAGCGCUUAUCACGCAGGAUCUGGUUGGCGUCCCUCGUCCUCAGGGGGUGGGAGCUGGAGGGGCGGAUGGGCUGUCCUCCGGCUCUGCGGACAUGGUAUCACGGUCAACGCGCCCUGAUCCGGAUACGUCCAAGGUUUGGAGACGCCAGAGUGUUCGGGUCGGUCAUAACCUUGCUUCAAAGGUGCUGCCCAAGAUGUUGCGCCAGGAAAUGCCUUCAGCUAAGCAACUCCUACGGGAAUUUGUCUGAGCAUCGGGGAGCGAUUAGGUGUGAGAGAAUAACUGGUAACACCAUGUAAACACGUCCAAUGAUGAGCUACCUAGGUAGUUGAAAUUAGGUACUCUACGUCAAUGUCUGAAACAGCUUGAUGCUAUCAAUGUAUCUACCUCGACUGCCAGCAAGGCAGGAGAAAUUCCAAAUCCCCAUAAACGCC